AUGGACAAGAGUUGGAUGACGAUAAAUAAUAGGCUGACAAGUAAAGAGUAUCAACAAGGGGUGAAGUCAUUCCUUGAUUUUGCUACGGAAAAUUUAGGCGUAGAGGAUGAAAUUAGGUGUCCGUGUGUCGAUUGCAUUAAUGGCACAAAAUAUAGCAGACAAGUUGUGUGGAUGCACUUGAUCCGAAGAGGCAUGGUAUCUUCAUAUAUAACUUGGGUGCAUCACGAGGAACAUGUUCCCGUGUCUCAUCCUUGUGUAUCAAAUGACCAAUGUGGAGGUAGUGGCGAAUGUAUGACAGAUAUCGAUGAUCCGUCCAUGGAUGAAUUGCCUAUUAUGUUGGAAAAAAUUUACGUGAGUGGUCUUAUGGAUGAUCAUACCAACGAGGAACCUAAUGGUUUGGAGAGGGAGGAUUUGCAUAAGUUCACUAGGUUAUUCGAAGAUGCACAACGUAAAGUUUACCUGACAUGUGAAAAGUUUUCUGUGUUAUCAUUCGUCAUUAAGAUGCUUCAUGUGAAGGUGUACAACAAAUGGAGCAACAAGUCAUUCGAUAUGGUUAUGCAGGCAUUCAAGGACAUUCUACCAGAAUGUGAUCAAAUAGUUCCAUGGACACUCUAUGAUGCUAAGAAGUUCUUACGUGACUUGGGUUUGGGAUAUGAAACAAUUCAUUCGUGCAAGAAUGAUUGUGCACUAUUUUGGAAGGAGAGUGCUAAUUUGGAAAAAUGCCCUACAUGUGAUGCGUGUAGAUACAAGUUGAACGAUGAUGGUGGUAAAAAGAUUCCAUACAAGGUAUUACGGUACUUUCCAUUGACACCGAGGUUGGAAAGACUAUAUAUGUCCAAAAAAAUAGUCGCAGAUAUAAGAUGGCACAAUGAGAAGCGUGGUGGUAAAAAGAUUCCACACAAGGUAUUGUGGUACUUUCCUUUGACACUGAGGUUGAAAAGACUGUAUAUGUCCAAAAAAACAACCGCUGAUAUGAAAUGGCACAAUGAGAAGCGUGCGGAUAAUGACAUAUUAAGGCACCCGGCCGAUGGUAAAACAUGGAAGGACUUUGAUAAGCAACAUCCGAUGUUUUUUAAUGACUCGAAAUGUAAGGCUAGGGCUGGCAACAGAUGGUUUCAAUCCAUUUGGGAAUAUGAGCACAUCAUAUAG